AUGAGUUUGACCUCGACGCCCCAGAAUAUGCGGCCCAGCCCGCCCACCGUAUCCACCGUUGUAGAGUUGAACAUCGGGGGCCAGAUCUACACCACCACCAUGGGGACUCUGAGAAAACUCCCAGGCUCAAAGCUGACAGAGAUGUUUUGUAGCUCAACCAAGGCCUGCACUGACGCAGAGGGUCGCUUCUUCAUCGAUCGCCCUGGCACCUAUUUUGGGGCCAUUCUGGACUACCUACGCAGUGGGCAGGUGCCUACACAGCACAUCCCUGAGGUAUACCGUGAGGCUCAAUUCUAUGAAAUCCAGCCUUUGGUCAAGCUCUUGGAGGACACGCCCCAGAUUUUUGGUGAGCAGGUGGCGCGGAAGCAGUUCUUGCUGCGAGUGCCUGGCUACAGUGAGAAUCUAGAGCUCCUGCUGCGUCUGGCAAGGGCAGAGGCCGUGGCAGUACGCCAGUCAAGUGUGGUGGUGUGUGUGAUGCGCACUGAGGAGGAAGCCACAAGGUGUGCCCAGCCCCUCCAUUCUCUGGAGGCCAGAAAGAUGCCAGUUGUCAAGUUUGGCCCCUGGAAGGUAGGCCCAGAAAUCAAGGACCUUCUGUACUGUGUGGAGAUGGACAUUAAGGCCCAGGGCUACCAGGUGUCCUGUGGGAACUACUACCUGGAUCAUGCACACCGGGCCAAGGUCACCGAUUGCUUCCAUAUAUUCACCUUCACCUGGUGGUGA